CCGCGAAAUAUUCGCAUGAGGCUCAAAUCUUUUACUCCGAAAAGUUGCUCCUAAAACUUCCAAAAAUUAUACAUUUUUUGAUUUUUAUACAUUUUUUAGAUACAAGAAAAAAAUUGAAACUUUCCACUUCGUCCAUAUUUCUUCAAAUUGGAAUCUGAAAAGGUGUCGUCAUCUAGUUCCAGGGACGUGGUGGUUGUUUGUGGGGUGAUCGAUUACUUCAAAAAGCACAUCGCAGAUCUGAAGUCUCCAGGAUGACCAAGUCGUGUUGCAUCGAUAUAUGUGGGAGUUCAGGACGGGAUGCUGGAAUUAGUUUCUUUUCUUUCCCAAAGGAUCCAGCUAGCGCCCAGGCCUGGUGCGAUGUCCUUGGAAUCACUCUGAACCCUUCAGAGAUAAGCAAACCUCAUUUGUGUCAUCUGCACUUUGCACCGAGUUCAUAUACGACUAAAAGUUUUAAAUCACUCAUCCCUGGAUGCCUACCCGUUACAGUUUCGCAAAAUCAAGAACCCCUUGGUCCAAUUUCCAGCAACCAAACUGAGCAGAUCAAGACAGGAAGUGAUUUGCAAGUUACGGCUGAAGAUUCUCUAAUGUCUAUCAUCAGUAAGCAGAGACGUGAAAUUCAAGAACUAAAGAAAACAAACAAGUUACUGCAAGACAAGAUUCGUUAUUCAAAGUCAAAAAGACAAAAACUCGACUACGCAACCAUUUUAGAUUCCUUUCCUGGCAACGAAUCAUUUGCGCAGUUUGUUAAUACCCAGUUUGAACGGUACAACGAAAAAAUUCAUAGUCGUUGGAGCGAUAAGGAAAAAACUUUGGCAGUAUCAUUGCACUCCAGGUUAAGCCUGAAGGGAUAUAGCUGGUUAUUGGAAAUGGGUUUUAAGCUUCCUCCCGUGACAACGGUAUCCGGUUGGGUGGGGAAAAUUCCUGGGUCACCAGCUCCACGACGGGUAGGACGUCCCUCUGUGUCUAAAUCCGGUAAGAAAAAGAAGGUGACAAAACAAUCCAAGAUGAAACCUAAGGCCAAACCGGCAGCCAAGAAUGCUAAGGAAAAAAUUGCUUCAGAAGAUAUCAUGGAUCUAAAGGAAGAUAUCGAAGAUGAAGAGGAUGACGAGGAUGACGAGUCCAUGGAAGAUGAGGAAGGGGACGAGAAAAAAUAUGAAAGUGACCACUGGCAAGAAGAAUGGUUGUUAGAUAAUGCAAAAAGUGGAAAAGAAGGACACUACUACUGAAGAAGAGGAAUAAGAUGACAAUGAGGGUGAUGACGCAUUAAAUACAAGUCCAGAAUGGGUCAUGUCAGCCAGUUUAUUCUACCUGGUUACACGAUAAAUAUUGAUAAACGAUUAAUUUACAAAAGGAAAUUGACGGUGUAAUGCGCUUAAUGAUUUAACAAUAGGAUAUUUUUCGACAAAGGAUAAAUUUGUCCAUAUCUAUGCCAUUAUUCAAUAAUAUGUACAAGCUCAAAUGUUCUUUAGUAAACUAAAUAUGUAUUUAUUGAGAUCAUAAUAAAUUCGUUAUACAAUGUUGUAAUUACAUAUGUAGAAAUGUAAGCAACGAAUAAAAAAACAAUUAUAUUUACAAAUA